AUGAGCAGCACAACUAUGCGGUUCCUACGAUCCCUAGCCACUGGCCUCGUGGCCUUGGCUGCUGUGGCCAAUCCUACUGUGGCUGUCGCGCAAGACCUGCCGACGUAUGCAAACUUCGUCGUUGCUGGGGCGAGCGGCAUGUCUGCCUGGGUCUUCAUCCACCCGGCCGACCUGAUCAAGACUCGGAUGCAGCUGCUGGGGGACAGCAAAAAGGGUGCCACUGCUGUCUCCGUCGGGAAGGACCUGGUCAAGAACGAGGGCGUGACUGCUCUCUACGCGGGGCUAUCGGCUGCGCUGGCCAGGCAGGCGUCGUACACCACUCUUCGCCUAGGGCUCUACGAUCUGCUCAGGAGGCUCGUCCUCGACAGCAGGACAUCCGACAUGAAUGGCGUGCAGCUGUUGCUGUUGCGUAUUCUUAUCGGCGCCGUCUCUGGAGGCAUGGCGUCCUUUUGCUCCUGUCCGAUAGAGGUCUGCCUUGUCAGGAUGCAGGCGGACGGCAAACUCCCCAAGGAUCAGCAGCGGGGGUAUCGCGGCGUGUUUCACGCCCUGUACAGGAUAGCCAGGGACGAGGGAGCCCUGGCGUACUGGCGGGGUGGCGGCACCACUGUUUUGCGUGCGAUGGUGGUUUCGGUGUCGCAGAUCGCGACGUACGACCAGGCGAAGGCAUCGCUGGCCCCGUAUGUCCAGGGCUUCCGACAGCACCUUGUGGCGGGCGUGAUCUCAGCCCUCACCUUCACCACCAUCUCCAUGCCGUUCGACACCGUCAAGACACGUGUGCAGCAGGAAAAGGCCGGCAGCAAACCGCGAUACACGGGCACCUUCAACGCCCUUGCCACCAUCGCGAGGACGGAGAGUCUGGGGUCCCUGUGGACAGGAUUCCCGCCCUACCUGCUGGCCAAGGGAACGCUUACGGUCAUCCUCUUCCUCAUCAAGGAGCAAUACACGGAGCUCGCCAAGUGGCUGUGCUCUGGGGGCUUGAAGACGAUGUUCGCUGCAAAGUAGUUUGUCGCCCGUUUCGUAUACAAAUAAUGUCAGCCUAUUGUCUGCCGUUACCAGGAGGCACUGUUGAGUGGGAAGGGUGUCUUGACUGCUGUCAGGUGGUGAGUGAGGGUAUGGCCCCCUCUUCAAGAUGCCGAUUUGUGUAGAGGAUUUUAUUCUGUCGUUGUGUCGAUUCGUGUUGUAGCACUUCGUUACCAUACACGGGGAUGGAGUGCAAACCGCAAGUGUUGUCAUUUGCUUGGGUAAGAAGAGUGUGCUACUGUUUGGCUGUUGUUGUUGCUAGUGUGGACUCUGUGCAAAGCUGUCUUGUGCUGUGAACAUGGCGCGUCUCUAUGCAGACCAUACUCCGGUGUACGUUUUGACGGUGAGCGAGGAGGAAAGGUUCCUCUACAAUAGUUGGAAUUUAAGUUUUGUAACUCUAGAACGAGGUAUUUGAGAGGGACGACGCCAAGGCAGUUUUGAUACUACAGUACUGCUGUACAAGUAGACGAGAUAUGAUCUACAUGGAGGAAGUGGAGAUGAAAAAUCUCCCAACACUCAGGCUCUAAAUAUGUGAGACCUCGACUUGUGUCCUGAAGAAGGGGGUGACGUUUGGCAGGAGGACAUUUCCAAUGGCUGUUCGGGCAGACGCAUAACAGGUAUUGUUGUAGCACUACCUCGAGUCCCGCCCGUGAGUAGACACAGCUAGCUGUACCGGGAGGCCUCUGGACUAUGGACUAUGGACCCGCUGAGUGUCGAUUUCCUUGUCGAUGGGGGGAUGUCUUUUCUUUGUGCUCGUCAUGGAUUUUUAUUUUUCAUUCCGAAGGGCGUUUGUAGCUGAAUCAACUAUUUCUGGGAGUUCACGUUGGCCAGG